UUAUUUUUUGAAUUUUUAAUAUUUCUUGUGAACUGGCAAAAGAGAGAAAGAAAACAAAGCUUGUAAGUUUUUCCCUGCAUCUCUCUUCUGUUUCGUUUCCUUUCUUAUUGCAGAUUAUAUAAGGUGAGAGAUAGAGAGAUUCAUAUUUAAUACACUUAUGGACAUGUCAGAUAACCUGAAUUUCUUUGCUGUUGCCUGUCUUCCUGUUAUUUCCAUAACGUAAAUUUCUUUCGAAAAAUUGAAUUCGGGGAGAGACAGUUCAGAAGCACCAACCUUGUCCAGUUUCCUAACAUAUUCAUAUUUUUUUUUACUUAGACAAACCAAAGAGAAAGACCCAUCUCUCCAUACCUUUAGAUCUCUCUCUCUCUCUCUCUUGAACUCCUAAGGAGAAACCAGUUCGCUGAUUUCAAUAUACCAAUCUUUAAUAUUGUUGUUUAGCCACAAUGAGAGACAUUGUUUCUUGUUUUAGUGAAAACGCAGUAAAUGUUUCUCAUUCUUCAUGUUCUAGCUAUUCAAGCAAUGUUUGUAUCUCUCCAAGCCUAGAGACUUCAGUCCAGAAUGCAGUCACAGGUAUUUACAAAGUUAUUCUUUCCAACGAGAAGCAGUUCUUGAUCAGAGUCACUUGGUGCAAGAAUCAAACUGGUCAAGGCCUAAGCAUAAACUUUGGUGAUGACCCUUCAACAUGUUUCAAGGUCAACACGAAUUUGAGGUUUUUCAGGAAGAAGAAAGGCAGCAAAGUGAUUGAAUCUGGUCAUUCCAAGAUCGAAGUAUUUUGGGAUCUUUCUACUGCCAAGUAUGAUGCAGGACCUGAACCGGUUGACGGAUUCUAUAUCCUGGUUAUGGUUGAUUCAGAGAUAGGCCUUAUUCUAGGUGAUAUGGCUGAAGAAACUGUCACCAAGAAGCUCAAGACUACCACCCCAGCUGCUAAAGUCUCUCUUAUUUCUAGGCAAGAACAUUGUUCAGGCAAUACACUUUAUUCCACCAAAGUUCAAUUCUGUGAUACAGGCAUUGUACAUGAUAUUUUGAUCAGAUGUAGUGGAGAACAUGAUGACCUAAAGCAUCCGGUUUUAUCAGUUUGUAUUGAUAAGAAGACAGUGAUUCGGGUAAAGAGGCUGCAGUGGAAUUUUAGAGGAAACCAGACAAUAUUUGUUGAUGGAUUGCUAGUUGAUCUGAUGUGGGAUGUGCAUGACUGGUUCUUCAAUCCUGCCAGUGGUUCUGCUGUGUUCAUGUUCAAGACAAGAAGUGGUUUGGAUAGCCGGCUUUGGUUGGAGGAGAAGUUGGUGCAGAAAGAUCAAGACAGAGUUGAAUUCUCGUUGUUGAUUUAUGCCUGUAAGAGCACAUAA